GCCUCGUCUACAUGAGCUCGGUGUUCUCGUUCCUGAGCGUCUGGCUGAUCGUGGCGUUCACGGUGGAGCGCUUCAUCGCCGUGCAGUACCCGCUGCACCGGCCGCGCGUCUGCACAGUGUCGCGCGCCAAGACCAUCGUGCUGGGGCUGGUCGGCGUCGCGCUGCCCUCGCACAUCUACAGCUUCUGGACGGCAGGGCUGGUGCAGCAAGAUGACGGGACCGUCGUGUGUGAAAUGCUGCCGGAGUACCACGAGAUCAUGCGCGCCAUCAACAUCGUGGACAGCCUGGUCACGCUGAUCCUGCCUGUGCUGCUCAUUAUCUUCAUGAACGCGAUGAUAACGCGCAAGCUGGUACACUUCGGCCGGCGCUUCCGCCAGCAGUCGUCCUCUGGGACGGACGCCAGCCGCUCCGUGGAGGGAGUGGCGAUGGUGGGCUCCAACCGGGGAGCGGCCAGCGGUGGCAGUCGUCAGCGACUAUUUGAUGCUGAAAGGGCUGUGGAAGCCACCACUAAAGAGUCCAGAGUUAGGAAGAGGCUCCUGAAGAAGUCUACAGAGGAUAAAGAAACAGCUGGCCAGCAAGAUUAUACUGUUGGAAUGUUCUGA